AUGGAACGCCACAAGCGUGGUAGAGAGCCCGAUGAGGGCGACGACGUUGAAGAAAUUCCGCGGUCCGAACCUGCUGAUGGGCAGAACGGGAAGCCACUGCUUCAGAUUCACCGAGACGGCAACGAGUCUCUUAAGACGCAUGCGAAACACGUCAAGAUUUCUUCUGCCUUCAACGAUAUCGAAGUGACAGUACAGUUCGAUUCGAAUAGCGAAGUUCGCGUGCAUCUCAACAGCCACUCUUCGGUCAAGCCUUAUAUCAAAGACAAGGGCAACCUCAAUUUCGAAGACGAAAGCUUCAUCGUUCGAGCUUCCUCCCAUCAAUAUCGACCCUACAUAUUCCCGUUUUUGAAGUUGCCUGCAGAAAUACGUAUCAUGAUCUACGAACUAGUUCUAGGCACAGAACGCAUUGGGUGGCUGUCCCAGCAUCGUGGCAAAGAUUCACAAGCCUUCUGCAAACCAAUUGGGUCGUGUCUCGGCACAGCACGGCCACUUAUGUCCCUGUACCAGCAGAUUCGAUCCGAAGUUGGGGCCAUCGCCUUUCAAGGUUUCCAAGUGACACGCUUCAACUUUGAUUGCUGCGCGAACCUGCCUAAACCGCUCCAAAAUGCACUAUGA